AUGAAACUAACUCUAGCAGCACUCUCGCUGAGCACUUUGACAGCAGCGCAAUCAAUCUUCCAGCCAACACAGGGCGGAACGGGUGCAAACUUUCCAGGCUCGCCAGGCUCACCGGUCUGGGGAGAAAAGCCAUUCGGCGGUGCCCACACGCCCUUCAACGACAGACCGCCAUUUGCAGGUGGUGGCCCAACAGAGCACGAACGACCACCAAAAGGCGAGGGAUAUGAGUUAAUGAAGGAAAUGGCCGGGGAAACAUUUUUCGAGCAUUUCUACUUUUACGCGGACCAAGAUCCGACGCAUGGCUAUGUCGACUAUACAGAUUCCGAGACAGCCUUCGAAAGAGGAAUGGCGGGAUGGACUGAGAGUGGCAACCCAUUUUUCAUGGUGGACGCAACGCCCAAGAUCGACGGACCGCGCAGGAGCAUCCGCUUGGAAAGCAACUUCAACUACACGCAAGGGGUAGUUCUGCUCGAUAUAGUGAGCAUGCCUGGCAGUGUCUGUGGGUUGUGGCCAGCGUUCUGGUCGAAUGGCGAGACAUACAACUGGCCAGCAUGGGGCGAGAUCGAUAUAAUUGAGGGAGUGAACGCGUUCACGGAGAACCAGUCGUCGUUCCACACGGCCAGUGGAUGCUACAUAGCGGAGGGCUCGUCGAACACGUUCACGGGGCAGCUAACGCACGACGGCGAGAUAGCGCGCACGUGUUCGGCAUUCGAGUCAAACAACGAAGGUUGUGGGAUCAAAGAUAACCACAAGAACACUUAUGGCACCCCGCUCAAUGAGCGUGGAGGCGGCGUGUUUGCAAUGCAGUGGAAUGACCAGGGUAUAUCUACGUGGUUCUUCCCGCGCGGUGGCAUUCCUGGGGAUGUUCACGCAGGUGAUCCAGCCCCUUCGUCGUGGGGCAAGCCUUACGCUCACUUGGACAACGAGGCUUGCGAUAUCGGCGAGUACUUUAAGAACCACCAGCUUAUCUUCGACACCACCCUCGCAGGUGACUGGAGCGGCAGGGUGUGGGCAGAGGAGGAAGUCUGGCAAAGUGAGACGUGCGCCAACAUGACUGGAUACGCGACUCCGGAGGAAUUCAUCAGAGAGGAGGGCGAGCAGUUCGAGGAUAGCGUGUGGGAGGUUAACUAUGUAAAGCUGUACCAGUAA